AUGGACGACUUCACCGCCGAAAUCAUCGCCGCCGGCCACGACCGCUCGCCGCAGGGCCCGUCGGACCGCCAGCCCGACUCGCGCAAGACGACGCCCACGCCCUCGCCCUCGCAGAAAAAAGGCCUGCGCGGCGGUCUUGCGGCCAUCCGCGAGAAGGCCGGCAUCCAGGACCGGCUUGUCGAGAGGCUCCUCCAGCAGGUCAUCCCCACCGACGACGACUACGGCUCCGAUGCCCCCGCCGACGCCAAGGGCUCCAACUACCCCCAACGCCCCAGCUUCAACCUCACCACCAUGUCGUACAACUUCCGCCAGUUCAACGCCCGCAUCGGCGUCGUCUUCCAGUUCCAGGCCGACGCCGAGCGCCUCCUCGCCUGGCGCCGCCCCACGCACACCCUCUCGUUCCUCGCCGUCUACUCCUUCGUCUGUCUCGACCCCUACCUGCUGCCCGCCCUGCCCAUGGUCGUGCUCCUCUUGGGCGUCCUCGUCCCCUCGUUUGUCGCACGCCACCCGGCCCCGCCAAAAGGCACCCUCUCGAGUGAGCAGAGCGUCGCCUACUCGCCCCGCGGCCCGCCCCUCGCCCCCGCCGCCACUGUCCGGCCGGCAAAGGAGCUCAGCAAGGACUUCUUCCGCAACAUGCGCGAUCUGCAGAACAGCAUGGCCGACUUUAGCCACGCCCACGACAAGAUCGUCGACCUCGUCGUGCCCGUCACAAACUUUGCCGACGAGGCCCUCUCCUCGACCGUCUUCCUCUUCCUCUUUGCUGGCGGCGUCCUCAUGACCAUUGCCGCCCACGUCGUCCCCUGGCGCUUCAUCUUCUUCUGCGGCGGCUGGGCCCUCGUCCUCAUGGGCCACCCGGCCAUCAAGGCCCUGCUGCACGCCCAGCACCAGCAGCACGUCCAGCCGCGCGAGGAAAAGGCCCGCUCCUGGCUCGAUCGCUGGAUCGCAGACGACGUCAUCCUCGACUCGGCCCCCGAGACGCGCGAGGUGGAAAUAUUUGAGCUGCAGCACAUGUCGGCCGCCGGCGGCGAGUGGGAACCCUGGCUCUUCGCCCCCUCGCCCUACGACCCGCUCUCGCCCGCCCGCAUCAACGGCGAGCGGCCCCGCGGCACCCGCUUCUUCGAAGACGUCCUGCCCCCCAACGGCUGGGAAUGGAGCGAGAAGAAGUGGGCCCUCGACCUCUGGAGCCGCGAGUGGGUCGAGGAGCGCAUCAUCACGGGCGUCGAGGUCGAGACCGAGGGCGAGCGCUGGGUCUACGACAUGUACGACGAGCGCGAGGACCGCACCGGCGUCGUCGACUACCCGUCCACGGCCGCCUCGGCCACAACCUCCACCUCCACCUCCACCUCCAAGAAGCCGCCGCCUCAGCCUAGCUGGGAGGAGGGCGAGGACGGCGGCGGCCGGAGGGGCGAGUGGCGGAGGAGGCGGUGGGUUCGGCUGGUCAAGCGAAGGGCUGCCCCGUCGGCUGCGUCGUGA